AUGCGUCUCUUUCUGCCAGUCAUUUUAGUUGCUGCAUUGAGUCACGGUUUAUCUACAAAACACGAUAUUUCAAGAUGUGGCAACCCGGAGCCUUCCAGAGAACUCCAGGAAGUUUCUCGCCUACUCUCCGUUGAAGAAAACCAAGUUCGUGACUUUGAAUUAUACACAAAGGACACUUUGGCUGUGGAUGUGUAUUUUCAUACAGUCUCCGCGUCCUCAGAUACCCUACUUUCGGAUCUGACCCUAAACGAGCAAUUCAACGUCUUGUCUGAGGACUACGGGGUGUAUGACAUCAAUCUAAACCUGGCUGGAAUCUCAAAGACGGUGAACGCAACUUGGUCUCGUUUUGAGGAUCAAUUGGGCAUGAAGACGCAGCUUCGUAACGGGACAUACAAAGACCUUAACAUAUACUUUCUUGACUCUGUCGGCGGAGCAUACGGCGUAUGCCCCUACCCCUUGAACACGACAGCUGGAUCAAUUGACUUUUACUUGGAUGGGUGUACUGUACUGGCGACUACUGUACCGGGAGGCACCGAAAAGCCUUACGACUUGGGGAAGACGGCCACACAUGAGGUCGGCCAUUGGUUUGGUCUAUUUCACACGUUUAAUCGUGGAUGUGAUGGUGGUGACGAGGUAGAUGACACCCCGCCACAGGCCACUGCUACUUAUGGCUGUCCUUUAAGCAAGGACACUUGCCCUGAUAAGCCUGGCGAGGACCCUAUUCAUAACUAUAUGGAUUAUUCUGAUGACGAGUGCAUGUAUGAGUUUACUCAGGGCCAGAUUGAUCGGAUCCUAAGCUUUUGGACACUUUACCGGAGUUGA